GUCAGUCAACAUCCUGGAAGUGGUAUAGACGGUAUUUCGUUCAGAACUUUUUAUUAAGUUUCUUGUUUGAAACCACCACUUUCCGGCUGGCAGCAUCAGAUUUCUCGUUAAUUGGUUUUGCGCUCACUAAUUACGAAUACAAUGAUAUCGGUACUCCCACUCGGAAAUGUCAGAAACAAGAAUCGUUGAGGAAAAUAGAGACGUCCAAGUUAUUCAACCACAAAUUUGGUAUAUAUAAGAGAUGAAAAUUUAUCAAGCUUUGUCAAAAAAUCAAACGAAGCGUUCGAGUUCACCAACGUGUCAACGAUCAGUACUCACUAGUCGUUCGCGCAAUUCGUUUCGUUGUAGCAGUACGUUCGUCGUUUGUAAACACUUAACAGAUUUCUACAACAACGAAAUGGCAUCGUUAAGUUCAUCAAUGUUAUUAUUAAUAACAUUAUCGACAAUGGCUUUUGGACAAUAUAAACCUGGUGCAUGCCCACCACCAACACCAUUUAACAUUCGCACAAAUCUUUGUAAUAAUGAUAUGGACUGCAAUGGAUCUGAAAAAUGUUGUCCUACAAGUUACGAUGGUACAAUUUGUGUGAAGCCUAUCACAGAAGCCGUUAACAUUGUAAAACCAGGUUCCUGUCCGAUUAUACCAACUGGACGAUGGAUAUGUACAUCAACUUGCCGAUCGGAUGGCGAUUGCAGAGGCAUUAAAAAAUGUUGUGAAAAUCGAUGUGGCGCUUUAGCUUGUCAAAAUCCUGAAGUUAAUAAUGACCCACUUGAUUUCGACUAUUCGCAACCAUCGGUUAUAUUUCGUAGAAAUAGGUCAUAACGAUUAAAUAUUGUAUGAAAGUGUAAAAUUUCGAUAAAUUUACGUUAAUGCUAUAUGUUUUAUCGUACGUGCCAUAAACGACUUUAAUAUACUCGUAAUAUACGAUAACAUAAUUUACUUAUCGAGGCGUUAAAUUUUACAACGUAUUUAAAAGAACGCUUGAAAUAUAACUCAUCGAAUUUUUAAUGUAUUUCUUUAGUGACGCUUAAUUUGUUAUAGUAUGUCGCAUUUCUUUAUAAUAGUGUUAUUAUUUAAUUUAGAAGUUAAUAAUAAUUAAUAACUUUAGAAGUUUUAUAUAUAUAUAUAUAUAUAUAUAUAUAUAUAUGUAUAUUUGAGUGCAUAUUGAGAAAUUUAUUUUAUUAUUAAUUAAAUGAAAUAAUAUAUACGCGGUGAAUUAUGGCUUGUAGUAUAUGUACUAA